UCUCUCUCUUUCUCAUACCCUCAAAACCCUAACCCAAGAGAGAGAGAGAGAGAGAGAGAGAGAUAAAGGGACAAAAGAAAAGCUAGGGUUUUCCCAUGCCUUUGGUUCCCAAAUUCUAACCCUUUCUCGGGAUCGAUCUAUCUUGCAACGCGGACCACCAUCUGUAUCGCAUGGAGAUCGAGCUGGUUGUCUUGGCCGCUUGUUUUCCAGUGGAGUAGAAGGUCGGAGUUUGUGGAAUAAGCUGAGGAUUUGAGGCCUGUUCUUAAACGUCAGCAUUUUGGAAGUUAACAUCUUUUGUACACCUAUAGGGCGUGCUCGAAAGAGAUAUUAUUAUGUUGGUUUCACGGGAUGGAAGUGAGCUACGUGGAGGACCUCAACUGUGGGACAAUGUCCCCCGGUUUUGCUCCGCAGCCUGUUCCUUCAAGAAUUGAAUUGAAGCCUGUUGAUCUAGCUGCAGCUGAUGAUGAAAAAGAGACAAACAAAUGCGAGCAUUUCACCAUUCGUGGUUAUGUUGCUGAAGUUCGUAAGAGAGAUACAAAGAUUGGUUGUCCAUUUGCUUUGCUUCAAAAGCAUAUCCCGGAUCAACAUGCCUGCUCGCUUCCUCCUUUGUCCAUAACUAAAUUUAGAUGGUGGAAUUGUCAUAACUGUCUUCACAAUUCAUUAUCUGCUGAAACUGCAGUAUCAGAUGGGGUGUUUACGGGUGCUGCAAAUGGUGAAGGAAAACAUCAGAUUUUUUCCUCUGAGGCAAAUGAGAAUGUUGCAUCACAUCCUUCUGGCCUCCCAAAACAAUCUGAUGGCAAAAGCUCUGAUGAAAGAUCAACUGAAGCCGGUCGCUCUUCAACUGUAAGCAGUAGUGGGUUCAACCCUCAGUUACAUUAUGGAAAGAAAGAAAAUGAGUCUCUAAUUGCCGAGCUUGGCAAAGGAGGUUGUGUAAUAUCCAGUGGUUAUUGUGAUAAUUCUCAAGAAAAACAGAAUCUGUUAGGGAAACCUGGUCUGGCACAUGCAGAGGGUGAAAUAAUACAGCCAAUAGAGACAGGUCAAAGGGAAAAAAUUUUCUGUGCAGAAGGUUCUGAAACUGCUUAUCAAGGAAAGGACAAUCCUGAAAUGAUAGUAGAUGUGAAAACAAUGGUAAACGAGUUAAAUUAUGGUAUCAGUGGCCGUGAAAUGCCUGGAGUCAUUCCUAUCUCCUGCAGCAACAUUAUUGCAGCACCAACCGAGAAACAUGGCCGCAUUCUUGCUGGAAUAACCGACUUAAAGGAGCCAUGUAAUAGUACUGCCAUAAAAUGUGUCUUGCCAAUGGAUGCUGUUUCUCCUUCCCAUGCAUCUGAUGACUGCAAUGCGUCAAAUGUUGACAUGCAGCUGGUUUAUAAUAGGAUUGAAACUGAAAAUGAUGCCAGCCAAAGCACUUCAAAUGCAAAUUUGCAGCAUAGGAAAGCUCGCAAAGUGCGACUUUUGAAUGAUAUUUUAAAAGGCGAGGAAUCACGUGUGGCUGACAAAGUUUUUGAUUGUUAUGCUGAUGAAAAAACAAAUGAAAAUAAGAAUUGCAAAGGAAAAAGGCCAGAUGCACAGAAAAGGAAAGCAACAUAUUUGCAUCAUAACAAAUAUUAUGCUACCAAGAAAAAUAGAGUAAAGCCCACAAGGCACCAUUAUAGUAAUGAAUUACAUCAGGAUGAAGAUGAUGGGCCUUCCCUAAUGCAUUGGUUACAGAAGCGAUGCAAGAAGUCUCUCUCUUUAAAGGGAGAUAACGAAAUCAAUCAUGGUGGAAAUGAGGUCGGUUUAACUAAGAUUUCUGGUGAUGCAUCUCCGAUGGUUCAUCAUGUUGAAAGUUGUGGAAUGAGAGAAGAAAAAACAGUUAUCAGGGAAAGGAAGCAAGCAGAAUCUUUGACAUCAAGUCAAAUUCUCCAACAACGGAGCAUGAAUGGCAAGAAUAAAAUGAUCAUUGAAAGAUCUACCAACCAAAGAAUGCAGUAACAAAACAGUACGUACUACAGAAGGAGCUGGGAUCUCUGAGAAUAAUGUGCACCAUUGCCAUGAAAUUCUAAGUGACACCCUCAAAAAGGUUAUACUUAAAAAGAAGAAAAGCAAGGCACCACGAGGCCAAGAUGAUCCUUCUCAGAAGCUAAGGUUGAAGGGAUCUUUUGGUGGGCACAAGAGCAAACCAAUCAAUAAUUUUAAAGUGAAGAAAAAGAUUAUGAAGCAAAGAACCAUGCAGGAAGGCAAGCUUGAAGCUGCAGAUGACUUUCCAAUGGAUAUAGUUGAACUCUUGGCUAGAAACCAACAUGAAAGGCGUUCGUUAAAUGCUGACAUUGCUGCUGAAAAGUUGCAAAACUUAUCAGAGAUGGCUGAAAAAUUGACGGAUUAUAAGUUUCUAGAUGACUUCAAAGAUCAGGGACACAAGGUAUCACAUCAACUAGAUAAGAAUCUUUCCCAGCAAAAAUCUCUGCCCAACAAUGAAGAAGAUAAUGCUCCACCUCCUGUUAGGAUUGACCUGAGUGUGGGCCAUCGGAUGAAUGACUACCAUUCUUUUAGCUAUGCUAAGCAAGGGCUGUUUCUUGCCUCUGAAGUGCCCAAAGCACUUUCACACAACAGUGGUCAUCCAAUAACUGAAGGCCAACAUCCAGUUGGCACGAUGAUCAACUGCCUUCCACACAAGUUUUGCUGCGAUAGAGUCGCUUUGCAUGCCUCACAAUCAUUUCAGACAGCUAAUGCAGGAACAGAUCAACAUUCAUUGAGAAAUACCCACUACAUGCCAUCAGUCCCAAUUAGUAGCUCGAACCUUGGACUUGUCACUGGAAAACCCAUUGAUUACUUCAUUCAGGAAAGUCUCUUCCCAUUUCCUGAAGGAAGCCUCAGGACUGCUGCUGACAAGACUAAUAGUCAAGUAACAAUGAACCCAAGCGAUGCCCGGCCUCAUAUGCAGAAGAGGAAGGCUCUUGAAUCUUCAAUCCACAGGAAAACAGCUCAGCAUUCUAUGUCCAUGUUUGCAAAUGCAGGUGAGUGCCAGUCGAGAUUUAUGAUGCCAUUGAAUACAAACACCAAUGACACAACCGCAGCAAUGCAUAUGUUAACACUGACUAAUUGGGCGGCAUAUUCGAGAGAACAUCUCUGUGGAGCACCUAUGGAUUUGAACGCAUAUGGUUCUCAUCAUGAAUCAGAAUUUCAUUAUGCUGAUAUCAACACAUAUAAGCACCCAUGGAUAAAUGGAAAUCCUGAUCAAGAACUGCAACCAGGAAAUUCAUGCAAAUCCUAUUCGUCCAGUUCCCAGAGUUGGUGCGCUAGAUUCUUUAUUGCAUGAAGAACUAUCUACUAAUUCUAACAAUUGUAGAGCACCAUGUAGUUUCAAGGAUGGGCAUUCCAAUCAGCUGUCAUCUUUCAAAACAAAUAGGCCAUUGAAAAUGAAAGACUCGGAAUCAAAGUCCCAAGCGAAAAUGGCAAAUUGUCAGAUAUCCACUUCUAGAGAUGAGGAAUUCUGAACAUAUAGUGGCUUCUUCAGAUUCUCAUCCAUAUGCUGGAGGAGGUUCACAGGGAAGGAUUGCUGCUGCAUCUUCAACUGGGAUCAAGAGCAAAGGCGGGACAGUUCAUCCUUGUAAAAGUGCAUACAGUACGACCAUCUGUGUUGUUAACAGAAAUCCUGCCGACUUUACCUGUCCAGAUGAAGACAGUGAGUACAUGGUAGGGUAUGAAUGGUUGAAGCCUAGAGAUAAACUCUCCUCCGAAAGUAUACGCUGUUCAUCCCGUGUAGAUGGUCAGAAACGAAGGAAAGUGAAGAAGCUCGCCGCAUUGAAAGGGAUCAUGAGAAGCUGAUUUCUUUUCGAUUAAUCAGAUCUCUUAUGGUGGAAAUAGUGGUUUUUAUUUUACAAAAGAAGUUAGAAUAAAUAUAACCUGCGAUCCUAAAAUAACGGACAGACUUGCAUAAAUACUCAGGUUUCCCCUUGCAACACUUGGGCCUUUAAUGCACAUAAUGAGCUUGAAGAUGAGAAACAUGACUUCAGUCAUGAAUGAGGUGUGUGUUAGCAUUUGCUGAAGUUUUAUGAUGGCGCACAAAUAAUAUCCGUUGUAAUUAAAUUAUCGAAUUUGAGUUGCUUGUGUUGCCCUUGAUGUUUUUACAGGGUUAUAAUGUGUUCUCCAAUAAGUCCGUGAUGAUACAUUUGUCUUGUAACUGGUUAAAAAGUCUUGUAUGUUUCAGUGUUUGAUGCUUUGUAUAUAGCAUAGAUAAUAUAUAUAACAGGGUUGUGACCCUUCUGUGAGUAA